CUAAGCCCCCUGGGAGCAACGUCACUCCCCUUGGCAUAUUAACCACUGUCCGCUGUAUGCGCCUAACACAACACAGCACAGAGGACGGCAGGAUCGCAUCCAUCCUCAUCGCGAAAUGGUUUGUGAACUGAAUCCCAGUCCAACAUUCCUCCCAGAUUCCGUCCGUUUGGGCGAGGAGGCGUUCGCGUGCUCCGGUAUACAAGCGGGCUAAAGAACUCCCGGUGAAGUAGGAAGGUCGUUUAAAGUGGAGAAAAAAAAAAAAAAAAAAAGAAAAGAAAGAGCGCGGUUGUCCAGUAUGAUCCGCGGUUAAGGAAACAUCAGUGAGAGCCAACAUCUGUAACUUCAGGAUUUACAUGUGUGAGGGCGGCUUUUCCGGAGCUCGUGGGAUAUUCUGUGUAUAAACAUGCCUGUAAGAAGAGGUCACGUUGCGCCACAAAACACUUUUCUUGGAUUAAUUAUUCGGAAAUUCGAGGGUCAGAAUCGGAAAUUUGUGAUAGCCAAUGCCAGGGUGGAGAACUGUGCGAUCAUAUACUGCAAUGAUGGCUUCUGUGAGAUGACAGGCUUCUCCAGACCAGACAUCAUGCAGAAACCAUGCACCUGCGACUUCCUCCACGGAGAGCUCACAGACAAGGAGGCCAUCAGCCAGGUGGCACAGGCUGUACUGGGGUCUGAAGAGCGCAAGGUGGAGAUCACCUACUACCGCAAGGAUGGUUCUGACUUUCAGUGCACCACUCACAUAAUCCCAGUGAAGAAUGAGGAAGGUGUGGUGAUGAUGUUCAUCCUGAGUUUUGAGUAUGUCGUGGAUGAAGGAAGUGACAACUCCACAGAGAGGUUAAGCCCCACAUCACCAACAAAGUCAGAUCAAAGGAGGAGCAGAUUCUUCCGCUUCCGCCAGGCAGCUUUGAGCUUAAUGAAUACCAACAAGCAAUCACUUCCACAAGAGGACCCAGAUGCUGUGAUGGUGGACUCACCCAAAGAGAAUGAGGACUCGGUGGCCCUGCAGAGUUUCCCCUCACCCACUAAGAGCAUUUGCAGUCCCAUUGAGGCUAAUGACACACAUGCCCUCAUAAGCUCCAGCCACCACUCUUCCCAAGCAAGCACGGGCCCUGAACCGCUUGGCCAGUCAUCUCCGAAACACGCCUGGGACAAGCUUUACCAGACAGAGCCACACCAGUCCUCUACCUCCCUGUCAAACACCUUCCCCCGAGGCAGCAUUAGCAGCAUGAGGCGAGCCUCAUCUGUCCAUGAAAUUGAGGGCUACAGCUCCAAUUCUAAAACUGUAUUCAGGGAUCGUCAUACAAGUGAAGGGCCUUUUAAUCAUGUAAAGUCCAGCCUGCUUGGCUCUACCUCUGACUCGAACAUCAAUAAGUAUAGCACCAUCAACAAGAUCCCCCUGAUUGCACUUAACUUCUCUGAGGGGACUGAUAAGAAGACUCAUUCUCCGCCAACAUCUGAGAAACCCAUCAUAGCACCAAAGGUCAAAGACAGAACCCACAAUGUAACAGAAAAGGUGACACAGGUUCUGUCACUUGGAGCUGAUGUUUUGCCUGAGUACAAACUCCAGACGGCCCGCAUUGACAAGUUCACCAUCCUCCACUACAGCCCUUUUAAAGCCGUGUGGGACUGGCUGAUCCUGCUGCUGGUUAUCUACACGGCAAUCCUCACUCCAUACUCGGCUGCUUUUCUUCUCAAUGACCAAGAGGAGCAGAAGAGGCGUGAAUGUGGAUACUCCUGUAGCCCUCUUAAUGUGGUGGAUUUAAUCGUGGACAUCAUGUUCAUCAUUGACAUUCUUAUAAACUUCAGGACCACUUACGUGAACCUGAAUGAGGAGGUGGUCAGCCAUCCCGCUAAAAUAGCAAUCCAUUAUUUUAAAGGCUGGUUCCUUAUAGACAUGGUGGCAGCCAUCCCCUUUGACCUCCUUAUCUUUGGCUCAGGAUCGGAUGAGACUACCACACUGAUUGGCCUGUUGAAGACGGCGAGACUCCUGCGAUUGGUGCGAGUUGCCAGGAAGCUGGAUCGUUACUCUGAGUACGGAGCUGCAGUCCUCAUGUUGCUCAUGUGCAUCUUCGCUCUAAUCGCCCACUGGUUAGCCUGUAUAUGGUACGCCAUUGGCAACGUGGAGAAGCCCUACUUGGAGCACAAGAUUGGCUGGCUAGACAAUCUGGGCGUGUCCAUAGGAAAGAGAUACAACUACAGCGAUCCCAGCUCUGGUCCCUCUAUCAAGGACAAGUAUGUCACAGCACUUUACUUCACCUUCAGCAGCUUGACCAGUGUGGGCUUUGGAAAUGUUUCCCCAAACACCAACUCAGAGAAGAUUUUUUCCAUCUGUGUUAUGUUGAUUGGCUCUCUCAUGUAUGCCAGCAUAUUUGGUAACGUCUCUGCCAUCAUCCAGAGGUUGUACUCGGGGACAGCACGUUACCAUGCUCAAAUGUUACGUGUUAAGGAGUUUAUCCGCUUUCACCAAAUUCCCAACCCGCUGAGACAGAGGCUGGAGGAGUACUUCCAACACUCAUGGACCUACACUAACGGCAUCGACAUGAACACGGAGGUGUUAAAAGGCUUUCCCGAGUGUCUGCAGGCGGAUAUUUGCCUUCACCUCAACAGAAGUCUUUUGCACAAUUGCAAAGCAUUUCAAGGAGCCACAAAAGGCUGCCUGAGGGCCUUGGCCAUGCGCUUCAGAACCACUCACGCCCCUCCUGGAGACACUCUGGUCCACGGUGGCGAUGUCCUCACUGCGCUCUACUUUCUCUCCCGUGGUUCUAUUGAGAUCCUGAAAGAUGACAUUGUGGUGGCCAUUCUAGGAAAAAAUGACAUCUUUGGAGAAAUGAUCCAUAUGUUUACCAAGCCUGGAAAAUCCAAUGCUGAUGUGCGAGCUCUGAGUUACUGUGACCUGAGCACAAUUCAGAGGGAGGAUCUGCUGGAGGUGCUGGACAUGUACCCAGAGUUUGCAGAUUACUUCUUUAAUAACCUGGAGCUUACCUUCAACCUUAGAGAUGAGGCUGCCAAGCCAUCUAGUUCCCAAGACUGUGAUUCAGACGGAGAGGGAAUAAAAUCCAUAAAAAGGAGGAUCUCCUUCACACCAGAUCUAUCUAAAAGGGAAAACAAGGAAGCGGUUAAAGACUCGGGGAGGGAGAGGGAGUCAAACACGUGCCUAAAGAGAUUUUCAGAUGUCUUGAGUCCCUCUUCCCUCAAUGCCCAGGCCUUGGAAUCAAACCUUAUCGAACACCUCCAGGUCAGAGACAGCAUGGUGAGGAACUCAUCAUUUGAAGAUCUGUGCUGUGAUAAAUGGACCUGUAAGAAACCCACAGACUACCUGGAUGAGUCAGCACAGUUCCAGGACCUGAGAGAGGACGACAGUUCUGCCAGCGAAAUCACAUAUGGAGAGGUGGAACAACGCUUAGGUCAGCUUCAGGAACACUUAAACAGGCUGGAGUCUCAGCUCAUGUCAGACAUUCAGACCAUCCUGCAGCUGCUGCAGAGACAGCCGACCCUGGGACCCCCGGCCUACAGCACUGUGACUGCCAGUCCAGACUACCACAAACCUGCCAUGAAGGUUCAGCCAGUCGCUCUGUCUGCAAGCCAUCUGUUCAGCCAUACAGGAACUCAAGGCCUAAACCACAAACUGGAGACGGCCGUUCAGGAAUCCAAAGACUCACUGUCGAGCUUGGCCAAUGUGAAUGCACCUAUCGAGGAUAGCCUUACAACACUGCUUGUACAAAAUCAAACAGAGCUACAUCAGCAUCAACCACAACAACAACACCACCACCAACACACAGGGCAUCAGCAGUCUACACUGCUCAUUCUUCCAGCUGAAGCCUCCUCCUCUUCCUCCCCAUCUCCCUGUGACUCCGUCCUCAACACCACUGAACUCCAUGGACCUGCCUCAGGCUCAGACAGUCCGCGGCUGUAACUGCGCUCCCAGAAGCGCAGCGUUCUAAUAUCUGGGUUGUAAUGCUGUAAUUACUAAGAAUCAACUUUUAAUCAGCAUGCUGGCACAGACAUCUGUAUUGUUAAUUUGCAAUUGCUUGGUAAUAGAAGUAAGAUUUUUUUUAAUCAUGCAUGCGCACAAACUGCUGUUCUCUGCAGUUAACAGGGUAAUAAAACUGUUUUCUGCAGUUAUCAGUGUAAUAGCAAUGGUUACAUAUUGUAACAGUAGUUAUAUGAACACAGGAGCCCUCCAUAGGACUCUUUAAGCAGAAUCAUGUCAGAUCCACUCAUCUAAAAUUUCCAUAGAGAUGCCCAACAAAUCUGGGUGAAGCAGCCUAGUGGAGACUGUAUAUGAGGACAACACUUCCAGAUUUUUUUCAUAAAUCGGAAGCCUUCUAUUAUAACUAAAUUCUAAUUAAUCUGUAGGGAUGUUUAAGCACUCCACCUGGUUUUGAUAGAGCUACCACAAUACCUAACCAACUUUCUGUUUCCUCCAGGCUUGUUACUCUAAUAGGCUCUAAUGAGCUCUGUGCCACUUCUUGUUGCCAUGCUGCAACACUUUUACAUCCCAACACACUGCAACUUUCCACUAACACACUUUAAUGGGUCAACUCUCCAUUAAUAACAUUAUUCCAGUGCAGUGAAUGGUAUAUCCAAAAUGAUAACCGCUGUCUAAUGACCAUUAGAGAAAUCUCUUUUUCUCUUUUAUUUACUAAACCAGACUGGCCUACCUCACAGUACACUGGCCCUUAUAACCAGCACUUUAUGACAAAGGCGCAAGUGUUUUUGUAGCCUCAGCUGCAAACACAGAAGCUAUAACUUCUAAUGUCUUUGCAGCCACCCCAGGUAAAGUAGCUGUGUUUUAUGAGUAUGCGUGGCAAGGGAACUGGUAGAGGGCAUGGAUCGACCCUCAAAACCAAUCUUUUCUUCUCUGGCCGAGGGUGAAAGUUUCUAAAGUCUUUCUUUUAGUGCUAAGCUUUUGACAGGAAUAUGACACAAGGGCAUCUUGGAACAUGUAAUAAUAGGAGGCCAGCGGUGCUUCAGUGGGGUAGUGUUGCCGCAAAAAUAAAAAGAGCAGAGCUAAACCGAGCCACAAUGGGGUGCUUUUAAUAUAAACAGUAUACUUGACACAGUUGUUUGUACCAAAACCUCUCUGCCAUCUAAAACAGGUAGAAAAAGGAGCUCCGAGAUGGACCUUUACCUGAUGUUUAGCACCACAUGGAGAUCCUUAACAGUCACCGAUGAACAUGGUCACAGCUGUUCGAGCCUGUUAGAGUCUGAAGCCUGUGCAGGUGUAAAUGUAUAUCCAAGAACUGUAUAAAAAAAAAAAGAAAAAAAAAAAAAAAACUUUUUCCUGCAUCUUUUAGUGUAAUACAGCAUUAUUACAAAGGUGUGAGAACAGUUUUCAAACCUUAGUUGUAUGCCUGUCUUGUCUGAAGUGUGACUCAGGGGAUAUGGACAAUUGCACUGCAAUACACAGUACAGUAUCAAGUAUACUGUAGUUUUCUUCUUUAAACUAUGUGCAUUAUUACUGUGGUCACUGAUGUGCACCUACUGAAUAACAAUAAGCCAACAGAUCACACCAUACAUGCUUGUUAACCUCAACAAGCAGGUAUGAUGUAGGUAUUAUUACAAGGCAGUGCAUGUGUUUUAUAUCUGUAUAUUAACUAUUUUGCACUGCUUAUGAGCCCAAAGUAGCACAUUUUAAUAUAUAACAACGAUGUCAGCAUACUUAUCUCUUUUUAGGAUGUAAUUAGAGAGUGUGUUUUGGGAGAUGGGGGUCGGAGAAUUGCUGAACAAAUGGAAAGUUAGUGUAGCUUACUUGCGCAUAAAAAGGCCUGAGAGAUGGUCUUGUGCCUAUACAACCCAUCCAAAUGCAAUGUCAACAUUUUAACUAACCACACGUCAACAAAUCCUUUCAAUACCCUGUACUGUUUUCAUUGGCAAAGUACAUUAAAGAAAAAAAA